AUGGCGACAGUGCGAGUGUCUUCCACCAGCAUGACCAAGGUGCUUCUUAGAAGCCAGCCGAGCAACAAGCUCGUCACAAACAAGAUCCAGCAAUUCUCCAUUGGAUCAGUCAACAAAGUCUCGAGAUCUUUCGGCUUGAAAUGCUCUGCGAACUCCGGCGCCACCAUGUCUGCUGUAUACAAGGUCAAGCUCAUAGGACCCGAUGGCCAAGAAAACGAACUAGAGGUCGCAGACGACCAGUACAUACUGGACGCAGCUGAAGAGGCGGGAGUCGACUUGCCUUACUCGUGCAGAGCCGGUGCGUGUUCCACUUGCGCCGGUAAGAUCGAGGAAGGCCAAGUUGAUCAGUGUGAUGGUUCGUUUCUUGAUGAUGAUCACUUCGAGAAAGGUUAUGUCUUAACUUGUGUGGCUUACCCUCAGUCAGACUGUGUGAUCCAUACCCACAAGGAAACUGAACUCUUCUAA